AUGAUCACCUGUGUGCGGAUGAUAAUCGAAGGCGACGAAACCAGUGACAUCCCGAACACCAACGCCAUCAUUACGUCAUCCGGUGACGUCACGUGGCUGUAUCCGGUCACCAUGGUCAGCUCCUGUAAGAUGAACGUUUAUAAGUUCCCGUAUGAUGAACAGAUCUGCAAACUGCAGUUCGGCUCCUGGACCUACGACGGCUUCAAGGUCAACAUCACCAACCGGAAUGCCAAAGGUGACAGCAGUAAUUUCAUUCUGAACGAGCAGUGGGACUUGUUGGACCUGGCUGCGGUGAGGAACGAGCUGAUCUAUCCCUGCUGUCCCGAACCUUAUCCUGAUGUCACUUUCCACAUAUCCAUGCGCAGGAAGUCGCUGUAUUACGUGUUCUACGUGAUCGCCCCGUGCGCCAUGAUGGCUGUGAUGGGCCUGCUGGUGUUCUGCAUGCCGUCAGACUGCGGGGAGAAACUGUCGGUCGGCAUCACCAUGCUGCUGGCGCUGGUCGUGUUCGCGCAGAUCAUCGCCGAGAGUCUGCCGGCAACCUCACGAUACAUCCCGCUUAUUGGUCAGUUCUUCGGCUGUAGUGUGUGCAUCGUCGCCAUCUCAUCAGCCAUCACAGUCCUGGUGCUGAACCUGCACUUCCGCGGACCCAAGCCCACCCCUGUGCCGAAAUGGCUCAGGAAAAUCGUCCAAAAAGUGAGAAUCGUCUUCCCAUGCUUCCCACCAAACACACGCGUCCGAGCGCUCCAGGCAGAACAACAACAGAACAACCUUCGCAAGGGCUGCGGUGUCAUCACCGACCGUCCUAAGACUUCGUUCGGCUUCGUGGAAGUCAAUCUCGACCGUAACGACAACAGGAGCUGCGACCUUUCCCGAGCCUACUCGAUGAUGCAACGGAAACUCGAGGAGCAGGCGGCCAUGUUGAAACUGUUGGUGGACAAGAUGGUGGAGAAGCAGCGGGAGGAACUGGUGAGAGACGAGUGGCAGAAUACCGCUGUCCUCAUCGACAAGCUGCUGCUCGGCGUCUUCCUAUUGGUCCUCGUCCUCGGCUCCAUCAUAGUGUAUGCAUGACGUUUACAAUCACGUGAUGAUAGCCUUGCCAAUGACAGCACAAAAUACGACGACGGGUGUUCUUGGCCAAACUCGAAGUUCAUUGGACAAGUAACUAAUUGGGUUGAAUUUGACGAAUGUACAUUGGGUGAUUUGAGAUUCGAAAUUGUUUGAACUCUUUUCCCUUGCAUUGUAUUGACGUCUAGAGACAGAUCAGUAAUUUGGUAGUAAUGCAUUUAUAGAGAGAUUUAUCUUUUUAUCCGUAUAUAAAUAAUAGCAUCAGGUUUAUGAAUGAUAUUCGAUGUCAAAGUUCU